AGAACAAGACUUGGCUCGUCUCAGCUACAAGGCGGUCUCGUUAAGUCAACCCAAGUCAAGGACUUUGACUGAAGUUACCGUACACCGAUUGAGGACUAUUGAGCUUUGAGGGAUCUUCAGAGUGAUGUUGAGGGCCAUGGAUGUGUUAUCAAGAGCUGUGAUGUGUUUCUGCUUGAUGGGCUGGAUGACUUUAGGAUGGAGUCAUGCUGCUCAGUACACAUCAAUUAACAUGAAGAGAGACAUAGACAAACUGAAAGUCCACUAUAAGAUCUCCAAGAACCAGCUGUUCAACGGAAACCCUGUUUUCCCCAAGGACACGUUUGAGGACUCAGAGGGUAGGGUGUUGAUGAGUGUGGUUCUGGACGUGUAUCUGAGUCUCUUCACACAGAUGCUGAACCAGACGGAGGACCAGGAAGUGAGGGAGAGGCUGACUGACCAGGUACAAGGGGAAGGUUCAUCAUGGAAGUCACUAUUUCCCAUGGGACUGUAG